AUGGAGGAUGCCAACUAUAGUAGCCUGUAUGAUCGCCAUCCAGAGAAGUUUGUGAUUGCCAUUGCAAAUCGUCUUACAUUAAAAAAUAUCAAGCACAGUGGGCAAGAUUUAACCAGACUGGCAGUAGAGUUGACCCCACUGAUCCUGAUGAAGCUUCCAAUUUGUGCCAUGAAGGACGUGUUAAAGCAGUUCCCAUUCUAUGAUGACCUCGACAAGUUAUGGCAUGAUAACCCAUCAUACGCCCCUAAAGCAUUCUCAUCAGAUCCCAAAGCCAAUCACUCUGACCACCUGCAGUCAAUCAUGCAUACAAAAAGUACUCCCACUUCCACAUUUGUAGGUAGUAGCUGCCUACCUGCUGACAAUGAAGAUCUUUAUGCCGAUACCAACACUCAGCUCCCCCAACCUCCGUCAUUUAACGUGAAUGAUGAUGAAUCUAAUUACGACAUGGUGAACGACAAUAAUAUAUAUCCAGAUGACAGUGAGAUGCACACGGGCAACAGCAAGAUGGAUGUAGGUGAUGGUGAGAUGGAUGUGGGUGAUGGUGAGAUGGAUGUGGGUGAUGGCGUUGAGGGUGAUUAUGAGAUGGGGGCAUUUGAAACUGAAACUGCUGGCAGGAAUCACACUGACAAGCACCCACACCCAUUUUCCCCUUCACCACCGCCUCAACCUCAUAUUUCACAACUUACGACACCACUGUAUGACAUGCAAGCAUUGUUCACUACCCAUGCAGACCGUGCACUUAAUCGCACACCUCUUCCAAAGUCACAUCACCCCCCCUUCAUUGCAUCUUCAAUCUCUGGAUCUGUUCAAAUGUGUACACCGACAUUGAAUAUGUCAUUCUCUACCAAGGCGAAGAGCAUCAAAUAUGUUUGCGACAAGGUACAGUUACUUGCCCAAGGGGUAGUAGCUGAGUACGACAGUGCGAAGUCGUCUGAGAAGAUGAUCAAGUUGCAAAUCCAUCAAAAGGAAUGUGACCAGAUGUUCGCUCUUGGGGAACAAUUGAUGCAACAGUUGAACAGUUCACUUGAUUGUCAGCACACACUAGAAUCGAAGAAUGCUGAUAUUUGUCUCAAGCAAGCAAAAGCUCAAACCCACACUUUGGAGAUGGAACUCAUCCGCCGUAAGCUCCAGCUGGGGGAGCAGCAGCUAAAGCUCCAGCAGCAUUCAUCAGACUAG